ACUAUUAUGAUUCCUUAUGCUGUUUUCUGGAACAGGUUGACAAAAUAGAGGAUAGCUUUGAUAUUAUUAACUCGGGAACAAAGCCACUUGCAGCAUAUGUAUUUACCAACAACAAGAAGCUCAGGGAGCAAUUCGUGACAAUGGUCUCAGCAGGGGGUGUGGUUGUCAAUGACACUACUUUACAUCUUGCAGUAUCCAGUCUGCCAUUUGGGGGAGUCCAGGAGAGUGGGAUGGGAUCGUACCAUGGGAAAUUUUCUUUUGAUGCUUUUAGCCAUAAGAAGGCAGUUCUGUACAGAAGUUUUGCUGGUGACGCGGCUUUGAGAUAUCCACCAUAUACACAGGGGAAGCUAAGAUUGAUGAAGGCUCUUAUGUCUGGUAGUAUAAUCGGCAUAAUUCGUGCCCUUCUCGGAUUCCCUAAGGCUUAAAAAGAUCUCUGAAUGUGUGUAAAGUUCUCUUUCUCUGUAAUUCUCUGCGUAUUUUGAUGUACUCAAUCGGUUCAGAUUACAUUUUUACUUGUAUGUUUUAAUUUCACCGAGACUGAUUUGUUUUGAAUAUGUGAGUGCAAUUGAAGUGUGUUCAUGCAA